AUGCUCAAUCACAUACCUGGCAUCUACAUUACGGGCGAGCAUGUCGUGACUGACUUGUUGAGAACUAAGGCGUUAUUGGGGCUAGCGGCGCCAAGCGGUGCUCGAGGCGAGGUCACUGGUUUGGAGAGCUCCGACUAUCACAGGGAAGUGUAUGUGUUCGUUGCACGGCAAGUUGUCGAGGGGGGCAAGGGAACACAGACACGUGACCUGAACGAGUUUUACAACGCCUUGAAUGCAAAUGACAGCAGGCGCGCCUAUUGGAUCACAUUGGAAGAUUUCAAGAACGGCUCGACCGAAAAGUUCAAUGAUCUUCUGGGCUGGAUCGGCUUUUCACGGUGCCGGUACACCAAAGUGCAUGCAGGCAAAUCUGGCAACACCUUGGCCCAGAUGAUCUUUUCCGGCGGGGUGAGCGGCCAUUGUGUUUACAGGCGCCAGACGCAAGCGCCAGCUUUGCAGGCACCGUCCCGCGACAGGCACUGCUCGGACUGCGGCGCCGCGCCCGUCGAAGAGCCUCUGUGCGACCCCUGUCGUGGAGAUCGCGACUUCGUUUUCAUCUUGGGGUCCUCCGACGCUGGCCUCCUCGCGCAGGCAAGCCUGAACCAGGUCCCCGGCGCGUGCGCGGUGGGAGCGCAAGUGCUCUCGAAGAUGUUGAGCCGCCUUGCGGUGAGCCAGAUGAUAGCGAAGAGCAAAACCGAGUCCCCGUUCGCGUCCUCCACAACUGAUCAUCGCUACCACAUGCCGGCAUCCGUGAGGCGCCAGCAGCGCGCCGUGCAGUCGUUCCUGAAAGCGAGAAUGGGGGCAUUCAGCGUGUCCUCGACACGCGUCAUAGGCUCCACGGAGACGGGCGACCCGAGCAAGUUAAACUUCAGCUUCCCCGCCCCCUGCGCCAGGUUCGCGCUGACCUCGGGGGCGCCUGCGCGGAGCACGGCGCCGCCCGUCUCGCCGGACAGGAUAUUCCAGAUGCCUGCGCUCUCUGCGGAUGCGCUGAAUGACCUUCUGGUGUGGCUCGGCUUCUCUGACUGCCGCUUCGGGCCCUCCUCGCCAGGCGCGAGCAUGCGGGCAUCUCUCCAGAGCACGCGCAGCUUCUGGGAGGCGUCACCUCGGGCCGCGGAUUGGUGCUGCACCUUCGAGCUCAGGGGCUGCCCGCAGGCCACGCAGGUCUUCGCGAAAUUCUCGCCGCGGCCCGUGCCGAGGUCUCAUGGUGCCGUCCGGCCUACCUUCGCCGCGAUGGCAGCGGUGGCCGUGGGCGCGGCCGCCGCCGUUGCCGCGGCGGCCUCCGGGCUGUGGCGACACAGAGGCCGUGCUUCCCGCAGCCCGCGGGCGGCCGCCCCGCGCGCCGCCGGCGGCGAGCCCGAGGCGUUGCCGCUGGCCCCCGCGGCGGCCGCCUGA